AUGUCAUCCACAAUCGGACUCAACUACCCGGUGCUUGCACCUCUGCUUCCCGUCACCGGAAGCUUUGCCGCUCCCUUUGCAGCCUACUUCUCCUUCCUCAGCCUGCGCGUCGUCAGCAACCGCCUCAACGACAAGCAGUACCUGGGCGAUAGCUCGUCCAAGACGCCCGCCGAACAGCACAGCAACAAGCUCUACCUGAGCACCCGCGCCCACACCAACUUUGCCGAAAACGUCCCGCUCGCAUUUGUCCUGGCCGCCGUCGCCGAGCUCAAUGGCGGCAACCGCAAGGUCCUGACCGGCGCCCUCUCGGCCCUCUUGACAUUCCGCAUCCUGCACACCGAGCUCGGCAUCAUGAAGCCCAAGGGCAUGGGUCGCGGCCGACCCAUUGGUUACUUUGGCACCAUUAGUACCAUGCUGGGUCUGGCUGGAUACGCAGCCUUCCUGGUCAAGGACUACUGGGGAUUCUAA